AUGACGGCCGGUCGGAACCAGUACUAUGAGUUCUACCGCCAAAGCAGUAUUGGAAUACAGCUCACAGAUGCACUUGAUGAGCUAAUCCAGUCAGGCCACAUAAACCCAAUUUUGGCGAUGAAGGUGCUUGAGCAGUUCGAUAAGUCCAUCUCGGAAACACUGGCAAACAAUGUGAAAUCGAAGGGCAACGUAAAGGGGCACCUUCACAACUAUCGCCUGUGUGACGAGGUGUGGACUUUUAUCAUCAAGAAUGCCGCUUUCAAGCUCGACAAUGGCGAAAUGUUAUCAGUCGAUAAAGCCAAAAUUGUCGCUUGCAAGCUCGGUGAAAAUAACAGUCGCUAA